UGCGACGAGAAUGACCGAGAUCGAUGACUGGCCAAGGGUUUACUCCGGAAGCGGGCCUGGACACCUCGUCUGCGUACGCGCGAGACUUUCAGCGGGAGUCAUGGACCCUGUACGGCGUGGGCAUUGCCGUUAUUUUCCUCAGGAGCCUAGCUAGGAUCCGGCGGAUGGGCGUGCGCAACCUGCAGCUGGACGACUACCUGAUCCUCUGCGUCGUCGUCUUCUUUACGCUGUUGUGCGUCGCGCUCAACGAGAUCAUCCUCGCGGGAGGCUCGAACCUGGUGACUGCGGCCGACAUCGCGCAUCUGACGCCCGAGAGCAGGAAGCGUCGCACGCGGGGCGCCAAGUGGGUGUUUGUAGCCGAGCAUGCGAUGAUUCUGACGACCUGGACGCUCAAGGCGUGCAUGAUCGUGCUGUACCGGCGCAUCAUGGAGGGACUGAGCCAGGAGCGUCUGGUGCUGUAUCUGACGGUCUGGCUGGGACUAGGCUUCGUCGGCACCGAGCUGGCCCUGUUCCUGACCUGCCGGCCCCUGCACCUCUACUGGGCCAUUCCGCCUCCAGUCGACCAGCCGCAAUGCUCGUCGUACCAGGUGUACGGGAUCGUGCAGGGCAUCUUCGCGAUCUCGUCCGACGUGCUGAUGCUGGCCAUCGCGAUCCCGCUGUUCAUGACGCUGCGGCUGCCGCGCAAGCAGAAGAUGAUCCUGCUGUUUGUCUUUGGGAUGGGCAUCUUUGUCGUGAUUGCCGCCGUGCUGACCAAGGUGUACUGCCUGGUCCCCUGGCUGAUCUCGUACGUGUACAUGAACUGGUACCUGCGCGAGGCGACGGUGGGCAUCCUGGUGACCUGUCUGCCGAUGACCUGGUCGCUGCUGCGAGACUUCUUCCCCAUGCUGGCCCGCUGGAUGUCCUCGACCGUGUCUUCGGGCUCCAGGGGGCCGUCGCACUCUCAUCCUCGCGGCCUUCCUCACUCGCAGACCCAGCUGCACGCCCAGACGCCCUCGCCGUCACAGCCACCGUCCCAGUCGCUGUCGCAGUCCUCGAGCUCCUCGUGGUGGCCGCCCUUUUGCCGGCACCAGGACGCCAGGGAGGGCGACAACAGCCUCGGCCUCGACCUGGAGCGCUGGCAGUCUGGUCUCCCUCGCCUGCCGACCAUCGACAAGCCGUGA